AUGAAGUUCUUUGAGAACGUAUUCACGUACGAUUACUCUUUCCCGGCCGUGUCGCUCGCCUACUUUCUCCGUUAUCCGAAUCCAUACUCUCGCCAUGUCCUGACCACCGAUGUGAUUGACCGUUACGUGGACCCAAAAACAGAGCGUCUCCAUACAAUCCGCCUUCAUUUGAAGAAAUCCAAGGUGCCUGCAGGUAUCUUGAAACUGCUCCCAAAGGGAAUCGGUGGCUCGGACAAUUCCGGCCAGAGCUACAUCCUCGAAACCACUAUUGUCGAUAUCAAGGAAGGCUGGAUGCAAACUGAGUCGCGGAACAUGGAAUGGACUGGAAUUUUGAGUGUUGUUGAGAAGCAAGUGUACACGCGCCAACCACUUGAGGGGGCGCUUGAAAGUUUGGAGGGUCUCUCGCUGGAUGAUAAGAGAAGUGAGCAGACGCAGGUCAAAACCACCGUCACGUUCCGUUCUCGGCUUGGCCAGGGCAAACUUCUCGGAGGAAAGAAGAAGAUCGAAUCAAUUGCUGAGCAGACGGCUGAUCAUGAUGAGGAGAUCCCGAAGAAGGGCUUCUUUUCCUCGCUGUCCACGGCCGGUAUUCAAAGAACCAUUGAGCUCAUUGGCGUGAGCAGAACCCGUGAUGCUGUGCUCAAAAGUAAGGAAGGCAUGAACGUUGUUCUCGAGCGUCUGCGUCAUGGCGGUAUUGUCGGCGUCCUUGAGGGAAUGCGGCAGGACCGAGAAGCUGCCUUUGGAAAAGAGGGACCAUGGAAGCGUGCCUGGCUCAGGGGCAAUGGGCUCAAGGAGCGGGCCUACAUGGACGAUGAUGAUAACUAA